AUGACGGUCAAUACCCUGGGUAUCCGCGUCUCGAUCGACCGCGGUGGCACCUUCACCGAUGUCCACGCAUCCAUCCCCGAACGGGAGGACAUUAUUCUCAAACUUCUUUCAGUUGAUCCCGCAAAUUAUCAGGAUGCGCCGACAGAAGGCAUCAGGCGGAUUCUUGAGCUGGCAACAGGCCAGGUCUUGCCUAGAGGCGAACCUCUGGACCUCUUCCACUUUGAGUCCAUCCGAAUGGGCACCACAGUUGCUACAAACGCCUUGCUGGAGCGGAAAGGAGAGCGCGUGGCACUCAUAACCACCAAAGGCUUUCGCGACCUCCUUGCUAUCGGCAACCAGUCGCGCCCAAAUAUUUUCGACUUGUCCAUAUCACGUCCCGGUGUGCUUUUUGAGACUGUCAUCGAGAUCGAUGAGCGUGUUACAAUGGAGGAUUACACAGAAGACCCGGAGUCUGCCAAAACGACAGUCAAUGGCACUGACCCAGAACUGGUCUCCGCAAUCACGGGGGAGACUGUUCGCGUCCUCCAAAAGCCUGACCUGGUGGCUGUACAAGCUCAGCUGCUGGAGCUAAAAUCACAAGGCUUCCGGUCAGUUGCCGUUGCUUUUAUUCAUUCCUACGCAUACCCCGACCAUGAGUUGCAAGUCGGUCGCAUCGCUCUUGAGAUGGGCUUCUCAGUCACUCUGUCGGCAGAGGUGCAGUCCAUGAUCAAGAUUGUGCCCCGUGGUACAUCAGCGGUGGUAGACGCUUACCUGACACCAAUCAUUCGCCAAUACAUCGAAUCAAUCUCUGCCAAUUUUCGUGGCGGCUUCUCGUCUGCAGCUACACGCAUCGAGUUCAUGCAAUCGGACGGUGGUCUGUCCGACUAUCGAAAAUUCAGCGGACUCAAGGCUAUUCUGUCUGGGCCCGCCGGUGGCGUGGUGGGCUAUGCGCAGACAUCUUGGGAUGAGGAAGAGCGAUGCCCAAUUAUUGGCUUCGAUAUGGGCGGCACUUCCACGGAUGUCUCGCGUUACGCUGGGUCCUAUGAUCAUGUCUUUGAAACCACUACUGCUGGUGUGAACACACAAUCGCCUCAGCUCGAUAUCCACACAGUCGCCGCUGGCGGUGGCUCCAUCCUCACUUGGAGGAACGGCUUGUUUAAUGUUGGACCCGAGUCUGCCUCGGCACACCCUGGUCCAGCAUGCUACAGAAAGGGCGGGCCAUUGACCAUUACAGACGCAAAUCUCCUUCUAGGCCGACUACUGCCCGAAUAUUUCCCCAAAGUCUUUGGCCCCAAGGAAAACGAGUCACUCAAUCGCGACAUUGUGGUUGCCAAGUUUUCGGAGCUGACAAUCAACAUCAACAAGGAGAGAACGGCCGCUAGCCUGACACCAUUCUCAGCAGAGGAGGUAGCGUUGGGAUUUCUGAAAGUUGCAAAUGAAGGCAUGGCUGGACCGAUUCGAGCCCUUACUGAGGCGCGCGGGUAUGACGCCGCUGACCACCAUCUCGCUUGUUUUGGAGGUGCCGGCGGGCAGCAUGCCUGCGCCGUGGCGCAGGUGCUUGGAAUAUCACGCAUCAUUAUGCACAAGUAUUCAUCAAUUCUGUCGGCCUAUGGCAUUUCGCUGGCAGAUGUGGUGCAAGAAAUUCAGCGCCCAGCUGCUCUUACCUGGGGCCCAGAAACGAAGAGAACCAUUCAAUUGGAGCUGCAACUACUAGCCGAUCAGGCGACGCACGAGCUUUUGAAGCAGGGUUUUUCGGAGAACCAGAUCACAUUCGACUUCUACCUUAGCAUGCGAUACUCUGGCUCUAGCAGCUCCCUCAUGAUUCUGAAGGGUGAUGACUGGGACUUUCAGCGCGAAUUUGAAGAAGCUCAUAUCCGCGGAUUUGGUUUCCACUUUCCCGAGAAGGCCAUCAUCAUCGAUGAUUUCAGAGUGCGAGCAAUUGGAAAGAGUCAGUCCAGGAGCUUCAAAACACCUUAUAGCCAACUCAAGAACAUGAGUGUUGAUGGUGGGGUUGCCGCGAAUCCCGUCGGAAAGAACACUGUCUAUUUCGAAGGCGCCGGUCAUGUUGAUACGUCGGUGUAUGAGCUCCAAAACCUUCAUCUGGGAACUCGCAUUGUCGGGCCAGCGAUGGUCAUUGACAAAACGCAGACUAUUUUAAUCAGUCCAGGCGCCACAGCAACCAUAUUAGAGAACUAUGUCAUCAUUGACAGGAAUGUCUCGCCGGUCGUCAAAGAAACACAAAAAGAAGAAGAGUUCAGCCCCAUUCAGCUUUCUGUGUUUGCUCAUCGAUUCAUGGCCAUCGCCGAGCAAAUGGGCCGUACACUCAGGAAGACGUCCGUUUCUACAAAUAUCAAGGAGCGCCUAGACUUUUCAUGUGCCAUUUUCAGUCCCGACGGAGGCCUCGUCGCCAACGCCCCGCAUGUGCCAGUCCAUCUGGGCUCGAUGCAGUUUGCUGUUCAAUACCAGCACCGCUUAUGGGAGGGCAAGCUGCAAGAAGGAGACGUUCUCGUCUCCAACCACCCUUCAUGCGGUGGCACCCAUCUUCCCGACAUCACUGUCAUUACACCUGUUUUUGAAAAGGGCAUUUUGGCAUUCUACGUCGCUUCGCGCGGCCAUCACGCGGACAUUGGCGGUAUCCUCCCUGGCUCCAUGCCACCCACAUCGACUGCGCUAUGGCAAGAAGGUGCGGCGAUUGAGUCGACCAAGUUGGUAAGCGGCGGCCGGUUCAACGAUGAGGAGGUCCGGCGCCUGCUUCUUGAAGAGCCCGCCAAAUAUGACGGCUGCUCGGGCACUCGCCGAUUGUUGGACAACAUCUCCGACCUGAAAGCACAAAUCGCCGCCAACUCCAAGGGUAUCAACCUGAUCACCGCACUGAUUGAAGAAUUCGGUCUUCCAUGCGUCCACCGUUACAUGUACGCCAUCCAAACCACGGCGGAAGAAGCUGUUCGCGAGCUCAUGCGUUCAACACUCGCAAAUCACGGCCCUCAGCCGCUCGUCGCUGUCGACUACAUGGACGACGGGACCGCUAUCAAGCUCACUGUGACCAUAUCCAACGAUGGAUCUGCCACGUUUGACUUUACCGGCACAGGAAGCCAUGUGCUGGGUAACACCAAUGCUCCGCUCGCCAUCACACACUCCGCCAUUAUUUACUGCUUGCGAAGCCUGGUCUCCUCAUCCAUUCCUCUGAAUCAGGGCUGUCUGUCUCCCAUCAAAAUCGUUGUACCGCAAGACACAAUCCUGCGGCCCGGUUCCGGUCUCGCCGUUGUGGGUGGUAACGUUUUGACUUCUCAACGCGUCACCGACGUCGUGCUCAAGGCGUUUCAGGCAUGCGCCGCAAGCCAGGGCUGCUGCAACAACCUCACUUUUGGCACGGGCGGCAAAGACCCAGUCACCGGCGAGCACAAGGAGGGCUUCGGCUACUACGAGACGAUUGCUGGCGGUGCCGGCGCCGGCCCGACGUGGGCUGGCCAGAGCGGUGUCCAUACACACAUGACCAACACGCGCAUCACCGACCCCGAGGUUUUCGAAAAGCGAUAUCCCUGCAUUUUGCGCCGGUUCGAAUUACGAGCUGGCUCUGGAGGUCGGGGUGCGUUCAAGGGUGGUGACGGAACUGUGAGAGAGAUUGAGUUUCGCGUUCCCGUGCAGUGCUCGAUCCUGAGCGAGCGACGAUCAAGACAGCCAUAUGGCAUGGAGGGCGGCGAGGGAGGCCAGACGGGUCUAAACUCUGUACUCGUCACGGACAGAAUGUCUGGCGGCAAGCGGCUGGUAAAUCUCGGUGCCAAAGCCACGACAAGACUUGAGCCUGGUGAUAGGGUCAUCAUCCAGUCUCCUGGAGGAGGCGGCUGGGGAAGUGAGCCGUAA